AUGACAGUGUUCGAGUAUGAGCCAGAGUUCAUUCGGCUGAGCAAAUAUGCUAAGGACUUGGUCUCAGAUGAGGAAGGCAUUUGCAUCAGAUUUGAAGGAGGAUUAUACGAAGAACACAAGUUUGACGCCAUCUUGGGAUUGGAUUGGCUGAUGCUCACAACACGGUUGUUGAAUGUAAGUCCAGAGGGUGGAGAUGUUUAUUUGGUGUAUAUUUUGGAUUCAACAAUGGUGAAGGAAGACUUUAAACAAGUUCCAGUUGUGAAUGAGUUCCCGAAUGUCAUUCCAGAAGAACUUCUAGGGAUAUUGCCAAAUAGAGACGUGGAGUUUUCAGUUGAUGUUGCACCAGGAACUACUCCUAUUUUGAGUGCACCAUACAAAAUGAUUUCUUUGAGUGGAGCAAGAGUGUUCUCGAAGAUUGAUAUUCGUUUAGGGUAUUAUCAAGUCAAGAUCAAGGGAGAUGACAUUCCAAAGAUUGCUUUUUGCACUCACUACGAACAUUAUGAAUUCUUGGUAAUGCUUUUUGCUUUGGCAAAUGUGCUAGCGGUGUUCAUGGACUUGAUGAACAGAGUAUUUCAACCCUAUCUUGAUCGUUGUGUAAUCUUCUUCAUCGAUGAUAUCUUGGUUUAUUUGAAGAGUGAAACAAAGCGUGAGGAGCAUUUGCAGAUAGCUUUGAAUGUCCUCUAA